AUAACGGAUCCUUAUCACUAUCUGACGCAACAGCACUUCACCUCAGAGAUUUUCAAGAUUGAGAUCCAAAACCUCCCAAGACAUUUUGGAUUUGCGCAACUGAAGAAGAUGUUGACUGGUCUGCAACUGAAACCCAAGAAAGUCAAGGCAGUCAACAAGGCAACCUAUGCUUUUGUCACAUUCAGCUGCCAAGAAGAUAAGGAGGAGGCAUUGAAAGUACUCAACGGACACAAAUGGAAAGGACAAGUGCUCAAAGCCAAGCUUGCCAAGCCAGUUGAGGACCCGUACACUAAGAGCCUUGCUCUGAAGAGAAGCCAAGAGGAAUCUGAUGGAAACACCCAAGAAGCUAAGAGGAGGAAGGAGGAGGACAGCUUACCAGUAGAAGAGAGGUUAAACAACACAGUGACUCCACUGUGGAACCAGCCCUAUGAGAAUCAGCUAUCCACCAAACAGACCAACACUAGGGAGUUUCUGAGGAAUUUAUCCAAGAUGCUGCAACGGAAUGUUGGGGAGAUGUCUCCCUGGCUGAAGCAACAAAGGAAGAGCCACAGUGGGAUGGCAUGUGAGUUGGAGCCAAUUAAGCCAUCGCCAGUAUUAGAGAGUUAUCGCAACAAGUGUGAGUUUACCAUCGGCAAGAGUGUAGAUGGCAUCGAUAAUACUGUUGGUUUCCGGCUUGGUACUUACAAAGGUGGUCACAUGUCCGUGGUCAACCCGUCCGCCUGCAGCCACAUCUGCCCUUCCACUAAGGCCAUCGUCAGUGCCUUCCAGCAGUAUCUACAGCAGGAAUCGUCGCUGCCGAGCUACGACCCGCAGAUGCACUCGGGUCAUUGGAGGAUGCUGCUGGUCAGAACCAGUCUGAACGGCGGGAAGAUGGCCGCUGCAUUCAUGCACCCACAAGCGCUGUCCAAGGAAGCAAUCGAUGCCGAGAAGAAGAAACUGUGUGGUUACUUCAAGGAAGGGGAGGGCAAGAACUGUCAGCUGACGUCAUUGUAUUUGAAUCUCCAGGGAGAAAGCGGCCAAAGCUAUGAACACCUGGAAGGAGAUGAACACAUUACAGAGGAGCUGUUGGGUCUCAAGUUCAGAAUAUCACCUGAUGCAUUCUUCCAAGUGAACACCAAGGCAGCUGAAGUGCUGUACACCACCGUAGCGGAUUGGGCCCAAGUUACUCCAGCAACCACUGUUCUAGAUGUCUGCUGUGGUACUGGUACCAUCGGAAUCACACUAGCAAAGAGAGUAAAGAAGGUCAUUGGCAUAGAGAUGAACCAGCAGGCUAUCGACGACGCGGUCUUCAAUGCAAAGGCAAACAAUCUCAGUAAUAUAGAGUACGUGUGCGGUAAAGCUGAGGUAGUGUUACCAGACAUGACCCAAGAUCUGAAGGAUUGUGAUGACAUUGUUGGCAUUGUGGACCCACCCAGGCCUGGCAUGCCUCCUAAGGUGCUGCAGGCCAUUCGGAGAUGCUCCACCUUAAGACGUCUUAUUUACGUGUCUUGCCACCCGCAAAAUGCCAUCAACAACUUUAUAGAUCUCUGCCGACCGAUUUCAAAUCGCAACAAGGGCAUCCCAUUCCGGCCGACCAAGGCAGUGGCCGUUGACCUCUUCCCACACACCAAACACUGUGAGCUGGUCAUACUGUUUGAGAGAGCUGACCGAGUUGAUUCCUACUACGAGGUGCCCGAGGGAGUGAAAAGAUCCAGCAAUACGGACGGCGAAGUUUCAACAUCAGUCACCAGUUGAAUUUUGCUUUUACAAAACUGUCACUGUUAACAAAGCUAAGCUAGUAUACCUUGGUGCCAUGUGGAAGAUUUCUAUUAGAUAAUAAAAUUGAUGCAACUUGCGGGUAUUUUGGCGUUCCCGUACGUUUUUGAUCCCAUAAAUGACUAUCAUGCAACCUGUGUGAGGUUAAAGCUGGAGUACAUCAUUUGCAGCUAUCCAAAAAGUAACUGACAAAAUUAUCGUUGAAAAACAUACUUGGUUUACAGAUAGUAAUGGUACAAAAUUCCCUGUGAAAUUAUUCUAUUUGGCAUGCUGUCAUUUUGAAGAAAACAAUAAAAGAAGGCCAUUUUCAAUGUCUCAAGACGUAUUUUUGGAAAUUUCCGUUGGUAGUUUAUUUUUAACGUUCCCAAAAUGACUAAUUUGGUUCUUACAUAUGUUUUCCCCACAAGUUCAAGGAAAAUUUGAAUUAUAUUAAAAAAGAAAAAUGUAUGUACGCUUUAUUUCAAUUUUGUAUCAAAACUUGUUUUCUUUUCAAGUAAAUAAAUGAAAUCAUGUUUUAGAUAUCUGGAUA